AUGCCGUCGACCACCGACCUGGCUAUCCUUGCCGCCGUGGCGAUCGCGGCGGCGCUCUACCUCUUCCGCGACUCGUUCGGCAAGUCGUCGUCCGACACGGCCCACAAGCUCGGCAGCGGCCUGGCCGCGGACGCCGAGGAGGGCGGCUCAGACUUUGUCUCGAAGCUCAAGGAACAGAAAAAGCGCAUUGUCAUCUUUUACGGCUCGCAGACCGGCACAGCCGAGGAGUACGCAGUCAAGAUCGCCAAGGAGGCCAAGGCCCGCUUCGGCACGUCGUCGCUGGUGUGCGACCCGGAGGAGUAUGAGUUUGAGAAGCUCGACGCGCUGCCGGAGGACGCCGUGGCCGUCUUCGUGAUGGCCACGUACGGCGAGGGCGAGCCGACGGACAACGCCGUCGGGCUUAUGGAGCACAUCUCGGAUGAGGGCGUCGCCUUCUCCAACGGCGACAACCUCGAGAACCUCAAGUACGUCAUCUUCGGCCUCGGCAACCGCACCUACGAGCACUUCAACAAGAUUGCGCGCGACCUCGACGAGCGCCUGCAGAAGCUCGGCGCGCACCGCAUCGGCGAGCGCGGCGAGGGCGACGACGACAAGAGCAUGGAGGAGGACUACCUGGCGUGGAAGGACGGCAUGUUCGAGGCGCUUGCCCGCGAGGGCGGCUUCGAGGAGGGCAGUGGCGGCGAGGUGGAGGACUUCCGCGUCGAGGAGAUUGGCGAGUACGAGCAGGACAAGGUGUACCAGGGCGAGCUGUCGGCGCGUGCGCUGCUCGGCACCAAGGGCAUCCACGACGCCAAGAACCCGUACCUGGCGCCCGUCGGCAAGGCCAAGGAGCUCUUCAGCGUCGGCGGCGAGCGCUCGUGCGUGCACAUGGAGUUUGACAUUGAGGGCUCCGGCAUCUCGUACCAGCACGGCGACCACGUGGCCGUGUGGGCGCACAACCCCGAGAGCGAGGUCGAGCGCAUGCUCAACGUGCUCGGCCUCUCGGAGAAGCGCAACACGGUCAUCGACGUCGAGUCGCUCGACCCUACGCUCGCUAAGGUGCCCUUCCCCACGCCCACCACGUACGAGGCCAUCUUCCGCCACUACCUUGACGUCACGGCUGUCGCAUCGCGCCAGGCGCUGAAUGCUUUCGCCAAGUACGCGCCGACGGACGCCGCGCGCGAGGAGCUCUCGAAGAUCGGCAGCAACAAGCAGUACUUCACCGAGAAGGUCGGCUCGCGCGGCCUGCGUCUCGCACAGGUGCUGCAGCUCGUGUGCGGCGACGACGUGCGCGACCCCAGCAAGGCAACGGCCUGGAACAUCCCCUUCGACCGCGUCAUCUCGGGCAUCCCGCGCGUCGGCCCGCGCUUCUACUCCAUCUCGAGCAGCCCCAAGCUGCACCCCAAGGCCGUGCACGUCACCGCCGUCGUGCUGCGCUACAAGCCCGAGGGCGGCGAUGAUUACAUCCACGGCCUCGCGACGAACUUCAUCAGCAGCCUGAAGGCAAGCGUGAACGGUGAGGAGCCGGACUCGCGCUUCAACGCGCCCAAGUACACGAUCGACGGCCCGCGCGGCAGCUAUGUGAAGGAGGGCAAGUUCCGCAGCCCGAUCCACAUCCGCCGCUCGACCUUCCGCCUGCCCACCUCGCCCAAGAUUCCCGUCAUCAUGAUCGGCCCCGGCACUGGCGUCGCGCCAUUCCGCGGCUUCGUGCAGGAGCGCGUCGCUGCCUCGCAGAAGGCAAAGGAGAAGAACGGCGCCGAUGCCCUCAAGGACUGGGGCAAGAUCCGUCUCUUCUACGGCUGCCGCAAGGCCGACGAGGACUUCCUGUACCGCGACGAGUGGGAGGAGCACAAGGCGGCGCUCGGCGACGUCUUUGAGAUGAGCACGGCGCUGUCGCGCGAGAAGUUCAAGCCCGACGGCAGCAAGAUGUACGUGCAGGACCUCAUCUGGGAGCAGCGCGAGGCCAUCGCCAAGGACAUCCUCGAGAACAAGGCGUACAUCUACAUCUGCGGCGAGGCUGCCGGCAUGGCCAAGGAUGUGGAGAACGUGCUGCUGCGCAUCCUCGGCGAGGCAAAGGGCUCGGCAGAGGAGGGCAAGAAGGAGUACCAGCUGCUCAAGACGCGCUCGCGCCUGCUGCUCGACGUCUGGUCAUAG